GUAUAAAACAAAACUGUACUACUUUCUUGCUCGGCGUAGUGUUUUUGUAACCGUUAACCGGAAUAAAAUAACGUUUUAGCGAGAAACAGAGGUAUUUGGAUUUUUGGCAAAUCAUAGAUGCUCUUUAUAAUUUAAAGAACUAAAGACUGUGAAUUUCAAAAUAAUGGGAAGCUUUGCGUUUCAGCUUUUACUUUUAGUUUGUGUUAUGGGAAUUUCGGCGACAAAAUCAAAUCAUACAAUGAGCAGACUGUUAAGUUAUGUUGGUGGCAGUCUUAAAAAUAAGGUCAACAGGAAAGAGUUUGAUGCAAUGACUAAAAAGAUAAACAGAAUAGAAAAUGUGGUCAGUAAUAUGCUAGAACAGACGAAAAAUGAAAGCGACACGGCCAAUACUAAUUCCAAGCUAUUACUGGAAGCGAUCAAAGUAGAAAAGAAUGUUAGUGAUGAAUUUCGGAAGGAAAUGAUCAAACAAAUUAAAAACAUAAAUGCAACCCUGCAAGACAUUGCAUUAAAGCAGCGUCAGCAUAAGCAAAACGUUUGUCUCGGGUCAUGUUUAGAUUUAUACAAGUACGGAUUUCAGACAAAUGGAGUUUUUGAAAUUAAACAACAUCAACAAAAUAAUAAUAAAACAGUGAUAUCAGUUUACUGCGAUAUGACCACUGACAGUGGAGGUUGGACUGUAUUCCAGCGACGUCAGAAUGGUUCUGUUGACUUUAAUCGUGACUGGAAUGAUUAUAAAUUUGGAUUCGGCGAACUGGAUGGUGAAUUCUGGCUUGGCAACGAGUAUGUUAACAUUCUUACCGAUGACGGCGAGACGCACGAGCUAAGGAUUGAUCUAGAAGACCAUGACGGGAAUCGUGCUUAUGCAAAAUAUAGUAAAUUUAAGGUUGGUCCAGAGAGUACGAACUACACACUAGAAGUGAGUGGUUAUAAUGGAAAUGCCGGAGACUCACUUGAAAAACAUAGUCACCGUUACUGGAUACACAAUGGAAUGCCUUUCUCAACAAAGGAUAGAGAUAACGACAACUACGAUGAUGGUAAUUGUGCAAUAAUUGAUGGAGGAUGGUGGUACAACCAUUGCUAUGCUUCGAAAUUAAACGCUGUAUAUCAUGCCAAUCGUACUUGCGAAUCAUUGCGGAACUGUAUUGUCUGGAGUGCGUGGAAAGGUCACCAUCACAACAUGAAAUUUACUGAAAUGAAACUACGAUAAAAUAAAAAUACUGGAUACAAUCCAGAUUUUUUCAUAAAAAAGUACUUUUAAACCAUUCUGAUUAGAAAACUACGAUGUAAGUAAUUUUCUAUUUUACAAUCAGAAUGUGAACAAAAGAAAUAAGCUGUGUUCUGUGUGUAUGAGUUGGAACACGAAUUUAUCACGUGACUCUCAUGACAUGCGAACAUUUGAAAUUGGCCUUUCUAUUUUGACCAAACUAUAAUAGUGGAGUUCUGCGUUCAAUAUAGAUGGGUUUUUGCGACAUUAAUGAUUGUGUACAUAUUUUCUAAAAUAAAUGUAAAAUUAUCCGACCGACAAGAAGCUAAAAUGAAAUGCUAUAAUAUAAUUGUUAUAGACCGUAAGGUUGUAGCUAUAUUAUGUGAAAUAAAUUGCUACAAGCGAA